AUGUCGUCGGUAGAGGAGUCUCCAGCGCAAAAGGCUGCUCGUCUGAGGCGUGAGCGCCGCGAAGCCAAGAUUAAAGAGGGUGGAGCGGCACGGUUGGAUAAAAUCACAAGUUUGACCGGACGGACACUGGCCAGUGCUCGCGAGGACGCACCGACAUCUCUAUCCCCAUCCACGCAGCCCUCUGCACCUGUGUCAUCGGCGCCAGAAGCGACAUCCGCGCUGCGUCAACCUGAACCACCAUCUGUAGAGGCUGCGCCGAAUACGAAUCCCGAGACCCAAUCACCGGAAUCGCUUCAAGCCCAGCAGGAAUAUAUCCGUGCACUUUUGCGUCAGGACGCCCCGCCCCAGGGUCAGUCAGGACAAGAAGACUUCGAAGAGGAAGAUGUCACGAUCAAACUGCUCAACUCGCUCAUGGGUAAUAUGAGCGGCGGGGGUGCAAGCGGGCCCGGAGACGCUCCAGGAGUAUCACAAGCUGACCUUAUAUCUGCCCUGGGGUUUCCUUCGUGGGCGGCGAGCAUGCUCCCGGGCGUGUCUCAGCCGCAGACCGAGGCGGAGAAGAAGGCAAUCUGGACCUGGAAGAUCCUCCAUGUGCUUUUCUCCAUCGCGGUUGGCAUCUACUUGAUUGUACUCGUUGGUUCCUCGGUCUCGAUUUACGGUAGUCGACCGCCUCCGCCGGCUACAGCCCGGAAUCCUUUCCUUUUCUUUACGACCGGGGAGCUGGUGAUGACAGGGGCGAGAGUGUUGUCCAGGCGUGGGAAUGGUCCAGCCGGUCUGGGGUUGUAUAUUCAGGUUUUUCGGGAUGUUAUUCGGGAUGGAAGCGUUAUAGUGUUUUUGUUGGGAAUGGCCACUUGGUGGACUCGUGAGUGGACAGUGUAUUGA